AUGACUAGUUGGCAAGCUUGGAUCCUCAUCGUGAUGAUGUUGUACGGCGCCUUUCAGCUUCAUUUCUUGCCUGAAAGCUUGGCCAAAGUGGCAGCUCGUGUGUAUUUCUACCCGACGUGGCCACUCACGUACUUUUCAAAGCGUAAAAACUACUGGACACUCGUGGAUUCCCAUGUCUUGCUAGGGGCAGCACCAAUGUCGUUUAUGCCGCAUGUGGACAAUCUAGUGUCUCGAGGGGUCCGUGCAGUGGUGAAUUUGUGCGACGAAUAUGCAGGACCCGAGAACCAAUAUCAACGACACCAUAUUCAGCAACUUCGACUUCCGACGGUGGACCAUAUUGAACCAUCACUUGAAGCAUUGGAAGCGGCUGUCGCAUUCAUUCAGACUCAAAAACAACAAGGUGUGAGAACGUACGUCCAUUGCAAAGGAGGUACUGGACGAAGUGCUGCGGUGGCUUUGUGUUGGUUGGUGGCCAAUCGCGGAUUCGACCCACAAGAGGCACAGGAAUAUCUCAAUGAGAAACGUCACGUGCGCAAGUCACUUUAUCUGCAACCAAAUGUGAUCGCGUUCUGUAACAAGAUUCAACUGCACACGGAGAAGAAAGAAACAAGUACGAGUGAAUGA